ACCCAGAGCAGUAGAUAGAAAGUCACCGGGAGUGAGUAAGUGACAGCGCAGAGUUCCGCUCUCCGGCUCCACAACAUUUACGCACGGCAGCUGUUAUUCCGCUUCCCUCUUUCUCUGCUCCACACCGUCAUCUCACCGAAACCCACCGCGACCGCCCGUCUCUGUCCACUCUGUAGGACCGGGAGCAGGGAAACUCCAGCGCACGAACCGAGCUGCCUCUGUCCCAAACCGCCGUGCUUUGCAUGCGGUGAGCAAUUAAAGCGGGAGAGGAAGAAGGGGAGGACGGAAGUUUUUUUUUUUUUUUUUUUUAAUUGUUUAGAUUAUUAUUAUUCGUGGAGAGCCCAGGGCGCACGGGGACUGAAUGGUUGAGCCCAGCCCUCCAAUGCUGCACGUCCUCUCCGGUGGGGAUGUCAGCAUGGCAGGUGUUGGUGUCAAAGUAGAGCAAGAGGAGUGCAGCAAAGGAGGUGGAGUCAUUACCAAUGCUGAACCUCCUAAGACAUCUCCCUCACGUGAUUGGUCUGGUCAUCAGCCACUGGAGGCCCGCCAGCUGACCCCACCACUGUCCCGCUCCCCCUCGGAGGGCUCUCCAGGUAAGGAGCUGCCUCACAGACAAAGCCCCAUGGGACUGAAGGAGGUCAGGACACAUGAUCGACCAGAAGGACAAUCCAACUUCAAGGAAGUAAUGCCUACCAUUGAGAAGCUGCUGAAUGCUGACUGGAAGGAGAAACUUCUGGAUAAAAGCACAGUGGGGGCAGGACAACUGAAAGGUACCCCCGAGUCUCUGGCAGAGAAGGAGCUCCAGUUGUUGAUGAUGAUCAACCAGCUGAGCGGUCUACGUGAGCAGCUACUGGGAGCCCACUCCGAGCAGAGGAACAUGGCCGCCCUGCUGCUGGAGAAACAGCAGCAGCAGAUGGAGCUGGCUCGACAACAGCAGGAACAGAUCGCCAAGCAGCAGCAGCAGCUGAUCCAGCAGCAGCACAAGAUCAACCUGCUUCAGCAGCAGAUCCAGCAGGUGAACAUGCCCUACGUGAUGAUCCCGGCUUUCCACCCCAACACCCAGCCCCUACCUGUCACCUCUGACCCGCAGAUGACCUUGCCGUUGCAACCAAUCCCCUGCAAGCCAGCUGUGGACUAUCCCAUGCAGCUGCUACCAAAUCCUCAUCCCACCCCUGUGAAGAGGAGCAGCGGUUCUUUCCGACAGGAAACCAGUCAACCCUUGAACCUGACCUCUAAGCCAAAAGGGCUGGAGCUGGGGAAAACACCCAGUCCACAGAGCCUGGAGCUGGGAUCGCUGGCACUGCAGGGGGCCUACAGAGCCAGAGAUCUCCAGAGAGAAGUAUCCCACAGUCCACCACGAUCUGCCCUCAGUUUCCUCGGGGAAGGCGAUGUGGUCACCCAGGCCAUCCACGAUGCCCAGCAGCUCCUGAGGAGUCACAGCAGCGGAGGGCGAGAGAGGGAGAGAGACAGGGACAGAGAGAGAGACAGCGGUGGAAAGAUGGAGUACAAAGAUUCUCCCCACAACGAGAGAAUUUCUCACUCCGAGCGUGGUGAAGACAGACAUGGCCUGCCGUCCACUGAGGACCACCUCAGCAGCGACUCUGAGGGUGCCCUGCCCGUUUCGGUCUCAGGCAGCUACACCGAGGCCCGGCCCCCUCCCUCCUCAGGCCACAUCAAGAGACCCAUGAAUGCCUUCAUGGUGUGGGCCAAGGACGAGCGCAGGAGGAUCCUGCAGGCCUUCCCUGAUAUGCACAACUCCUCCAUCAGCAAGAUCCUGGGCUCCAGGUGGAAGGCCAUGUCCAACCAAGAGAAGCAGCCUUACUAUGAAGAGCAGGCGAGGCUGAGCCGGCAGCACCUGGAGCGCUACCCAGACUACAAGUACAAACCCCGACCCAAACGGACAUGCAUCGUGGAGGGACGGCGGCUGAGGGUGGGCGAGUACAAGGCCAUGAUGAAGAGCCGCCGGCAGGAGCAGAGAGCGACCUACACACACAGUCAAACAGAGCCUCAGCAGAUGCACUUCUCCCACAGCGAUGGCCAGUACCCAGGCAGCGCUGGCUCGGUCACCGUGGCGACCAUGCCCUUUCACCCAGCCUUGCUGGAGCAUUACCUGCCACAGGUACCGCCAGCCCCACGUCGAGCAGAGGGCCACGCCACGCCCACUUCCCUACCCAGAGAGAGAGAGAGGGAACGAGAGAGGGAACGAGAAAGGGAGAGGCCUCCGUACAGCGAAGAAGAGGAAAGCGACGGGGGAGAAAGGAGUGAGGGGGAACUGGUGCUCCUGACAGACUGAAGGGGGGGGGGGGGGGUGAGUUUGAAAAAAAAAAAAAAAAGGAAAAUGGAGGCGAGGGAUGGGAGGGGCUGCGAGGAUAGCUGCGAAGGAAGGGGUGCUGUUGACUGACAGUCAGAGAGGAAGAAUGGAGGAUGAACUAGGGAAAACAGGGAGCGACUGAGUUGUCAUUGAACGAGAAAAUUGCUCCUCAGCAAGGAAAUGUCACACUCGUUCCCUUGUUAGUUUGCAGUCUCCAGUGAAACCCUGCCCUGCACAUAAAGACAAACUCUUACUCUUUUCCCUUCACAGACAUCAUCUCAUCUGCUGCUUUGUGUUAGAAGACAGAAGUUGGAAGUUUUACUGACACAAGGUUUAUCAUUUAAUCUCUUAGGCUGUUUAUUUCCCUCCUGUGUUGACUUUUGGCAAAUCAAAUGGCCAAGAGGGACUAGACUGGAGGAAAGUGUAAACGGAGCCAUAAAAAAAGUUCAGUAGAAUCCCUGUUUUCACCUGGUGAACAGCUGAGUAAUGUUUCUGUGGCUGGAGCAACAGGCCUGUGAUGAAGCUUUAUGUUAUCUGUGUGUCAGUAUUGCCCCCUGCUGGUAAAGAUUGGUUAUUGCCUAGUGAAGACACACAGGGGCAGUGUAGUGUAUCUUCUAUCUUUUGAUAAAAUGUUAUAUCUAACCCAUGUAACCUGUGGUUCAGACUGUCUGGGUUUGGAGCCAGUGAGCAGGCAUUAGUGAAACUGGGCAGAUUAUAACAUAGAAUUGAUCUUGAGGAAAGACUGAGGAAAGAAGUGUAGUGUAUUUUCACUGUAUUUUUUUUUUAUAAACACUGUCUUUUAGUCCCUAGAACGGUUCAAGCUUCAAACACACUGGAUCCUACACUUCCCAUAAUGUAACCUGACACCCAGGCUAUAAAACAGGUUUUCUGUUAGAAAUUUGUGAUCCCAAAACAAGAUAACCUGGCAUCAAAGAGAUUAUUUUUGUGAUCCUGACAGAUCCAAACAUUAAACAACUGUACUCACAGCCUGAAUAGUCCUCCUCAUCACAAAAACAAUGUGUCCAGUUGCUGGAGUGCCUGUUUAAUAAAUGAAAUUGAAUUAGAAUCACAUCACAGCAGCACACUGUUCACUUUUAAGCUGAUACAAUAUGUUUUAAAAUCAGGUCUCUCAAAAAAAAAACUCGGCUGUUAUCAGUCAUUGCUCCAUGUAAAAGGAGUGAGAGAAUUAAACAGAUCGGUGUUGUAGUUAA